GCUUAGCUUUGUCAAUGUCACGAUGGUGCCAAUAUGGCGCUAUGUCUGAACGUUCACACUGAAAACAUAACAACAUGAUGAGCUUUCUAUGUCGUGAAGCUUACGUCUUGAAUGUCUUUAUGUUACUAGUGUGGACAAGGCCUUACAAGUGUUGUUGUUAUUUUCUUUAAUUUUAUUAUUUACUUUAAUACGGAUCAGGAGAGUUCAGUUUUCAGUUAAGGACAAUCCAAUUUUUGUUUAGAGUUAAGGUUUCUUUGUUCAUCCGGUUUUAUUAAUUUAUUUAAUUUUUUCAUAGUGUAAUAAUUAUUCAUAUUGAAGUUUCAAAUCCAUGCUGUAAAUUUUUAAAGAAAGUAUAAAGAUAUAAAAGUGAUUAUUUAAAUGAAAGGUAUAGUAAAUUUAUUUCCAAACUAAAUAUGUAUUACAAUGGCACAGGGUUGUAAAUAUUUAUUGCCUUAGAUUACAUUAAAGAAGAAAUACACCGAAAAAGUUAAUAAUAUGCUCAGCUCUUACGUCCCUUCUUUCACACGAGCUCUCAGAUUCCUGAAAAUUCGUUUUUUUCUGUUAUGUUUUUGUCUCAUUGGUGCUUUGUUUCUCAAAAAUUCAUCGAUGAAUUUUGUUUGUGGUCAUUUCAAACUCACGAUGUUUCUAAGUUGUUUGCCGUGCUGUGUAUUUUUUACUUAAAUAAUUUAUUAUCCAUCUUGAAAGUUGUGUGUUACUAUUUGUCUUGCCCAUUUCAGCCAAACAUGAGCUUUGUACAGAAAGCGUAGUAGCUCCUCCAGUAAGUGUUUGCAACAUUGAAAAACAAAUUUAAAAAAAGGAAUAUAAAGGAGAGAGAAACAUAGCAGCUACACCAGAAAAAAUCUGGCAAUCUGGAAAGCAAUCAGUAUUUAAUCCACCAUGCUCGUUUACAUCAUCGAUACGAUUUCUGUUCGCCAUUUUGAAUCAGUUCACUUUUCCCCAGUCUCACUCGGAUAGUGAAGAAGCGAUCCAGCCAUGGCACGCACACGUGUCUCAGAAGCAAAGCAAAUUACGACCAGGCUAGACUACUGGCUGCCUUAAACUCGUAGCCUUAGUUUUUAGCUGAACUCAAGACCAGCCAGACAUAACUUGAGGUCAGGUAUCAACUCAGACUCAAAGAUAUUUUCUUCCCAAUUUCAGCCAAUUGGUGGUUUGAAUUUAAGUGUGUAAACAAACUUACAUUCUGAAAUCCUUUUGCAUCCGCCUUUGUCGCGUUACAAGUCUGGUUUAUAAUAAUGAAUACACCUAAACAUUGAUGAACAAGUAAAUAUGUUCCAAUCUCGUUCCCAGGGUCUCUCUUCUUCCCCUUCCUCACCCCCAUCUAGGGCGUAUAGCUAUUGUUGUAGCUAUCUACACGAAACAUCUUGAUGUCGCCAGGUCACGUGGUACUUGACGCCUUGUCCGCACCAUUACAGAAGAAGACUUUCAUUCUUUCUCUGAGCUGGACGCCUACGACGUUAAAGAAUUCGAAAGAAAGUCCGGCUUUGCCUGACUGUUUAAGGAAAAUGACUGAGAUUUCGGCCGGGAUCAGCGAGCCACAGGCUUUAAGAAUUUCCGCUUUGGCGGAUAAGUGGGGCUCAUCGAAAGGUGGACUAUCUACUCUAAACAGGGAGAUGUGCAAAGGGCUGGCUCAACUGCGUAAUGUAUCGGUCAACUUGAUUGUGCCAGAAUACACUGAAGAGGAAAAGAAAGAAGCUUCAAAAUAUAAAGUUAACCUUACUAAGGUCGAAACAAUGCCUGGUGUUAGUCCUGUCCAUUCAUUAGCUUUUCCACCCAAAGAAUGUAAAUUCAACGUGGUAAUGGGUCAUGGACACAAGUUUGGACCGCCAGCACAAUUCAUAGCAAAGAAUCGGGGAUGCAAACGAGUGCACGUUGUGCACACCGCAAGUGAAGAACUCGCAAUGUUCAAGAAAGGUCAGCAGGAGACGAUCUCGGAAGGCGAAAAGAAGCACAAACUCGAGGUAGACCUGAGCAAGACUGCUGAUGUUAUUGUGGGUAUAGGACCAAAACUUACUGAGUCCAUUAAAAGCAGCCUUCGAUCACACAUGAAGGAAAAAGACGUGAUAAACCUUACGCCAGGCAUUUUUCCAGAGUUCUCCGAACUAGAGCAAGCCCCUGAAGAGAGAGAGAAGUUUUGCACAUUGGUAUUUGGUCGUGGUAACGAUGAAGAUUUUUACCUGAAAGGGCACGACAUUGCCGCUCGCGCUAUAGCAGGCUUAAACGACCCUUCUUAUCAUCUUGUGUUAGUUGGCGCACCAGAAGGAAAGCAAGAGGUAGUAGAAAAGAGCUUACUUGAAUGUGGAAUCUCCCCUAGGCAGCUGACAGUGCGCAGUUAUCGAGAAAGCCGUGAAAGUCUGGCCGACCUCUUCAGUGAAGCUGAUCUGGCCAUAAUGCCAUCACGAACAGAAGGGUUCGGCCUUGCAGCUCUCGAAGCCCUCUCUGCCGGGCUUCCAAUCCUGGUGAGUGGUAACAGUGGAUUUGGACAAGCUCUAGAAAAGAUUCCUUCUGGUAUGUCUUUUGUGGUGGAAUCCGACGAACCCAAUGAAUGGGGAAGAGCCAUCAAGCAGGCCAGAAAGAAAUCAAGGGACGUACGUCUGAAGGGAGCUGGCGUUCUGCGAGAUUUCUAUGAUCAGGAGUACAAAUGGCAGGAGCAGUGCCAAACACUUGCGGAUAAACUACGCUAGUGUAAAUGAUCUACUAGAUACUGAACUAAAAACACUUAACAUUACGAAAGUUCAUAACAUUUUGGAGCGUUUCUUCAUAUAUCAAGGGAAACCAACUUUGUCAUUAGUACUGCUUGAAACUUUUGUUCAAAUAAUUGUUAGAAGGCUUCUUCAAUAGACAGUAGAAAUAGAUGAAAAUCUUCAUCUUUCUGUUUUCGGUUGAAGUGUUAUAACUUCAGAAACAAUUUGAUUUUUAGUUUAGAUCCAUUUUGAUAUAUUUCAGUCAAAUCUGU